AGUUGCAGGUCGCGCAAGCCAGCUUCUUUCCCAGGCAACGGACGGAAGACGAAGCUCAGAUCUGAAGGGGAAUCAAAAUUAGGGUUUCCCCCUGCUCGCCCCUCCAAUGAAGGGCGGCCGCCUUCACCGUCUGGAGCGGCCGGCCGCCGCUCACACGACCACUGCCACGCCCGCUCCGGUGCCCGCCGAUGAUUGGGGGGACGGCUCGUGGACGGUGGACUGCUCGUGCGGCAUCACGUAUGACGACGGAGAGGAGAUGGUGAGCUGCGACGAGUGCAACGUCUGGGUGCACACGCGGUGCGCCCGCUACCUCCGCGGCGUGCACAUCUCCUUCUCGUGCCACAACUGCAAGGCCAAGCGCGCCCCCUCCACCGCCGACGAGGCCGAGGUCGCCGAGCUCCUGGCUGAGCUGCCCACCCACCGCCCGCGGCCGUUGUACCGCCGAUGGGCCGAAGUCCCUCUCCCCUCGCGCGUCCAUGUACACGGGCUUCCGGGCGGUACAGACGCCACCCUGUUCCGCGCCGCCACGCCCUCUCCUGUCUUCUCGUCCGCCCUAUGGCGCUGCGCUGGCUACGUCCCCAAGAGAUUCGGCUUCCGGUACUGCGAAUUCCCCUACUGGGCUGAUGACAAGGACGGCGCCAACGCUCUUUUCGCUCUGGCUAGAGAGAAGCGGAAGGAGGAGGCAGAGACUAGGUUUUCCCUUCCCCUUGGAGCCGCACAUAAGGACAAGAAUUAUGUCCGGACUCUGAGUGCGUGUGGCGAUAAGGCGGAUGGCGUUGAGCAUUCUGGGAACGAUGACACAAGGAGGAAAUCUCCUUCGAGCGAUGCAAAGAAGAGAGGAGCAUCCAUUAGCGCUGUACAUGCUGAUACUUUGGACAAUGAUUGUGCGCUGAAAAGGGAUGCUGAUGUGCCUGAUAUUGAGCAUCAGUAUGCUGAAAUAAACAUGGUAAAUUCUGAUUUUCAUGUUCUUAUGGAUGCUAAGAAGAGUACCGUUACAUCAUCAGAAUGGGGUGGGGAUAAUAAGUGCUCCAUCUCCAAGGAAAUUACUGGGACGCUAAAGAAGCAUGAACCUAAGGAAUCCAUGACAUUAGUGAUCUCCUCGGAAGUUGAAACAGUGCCAGCCGUAGCAGAGCAAGAAGUUUACUCACGAUUUGUGAAGGUAGAGGGCAGCAUAUAUGAAGAACAGAUUGAGGGGAAUAAAAAUGUAGGCUUACAGGCUGGCAUAGGAUCGACUUCAGUUGCGAAAAGGGAUGAUGUUAAAUCAUCUAAUGGAGAUAUCCCAAGUGAUGCCGGUACUGAGAAAAUGCACGAGGAUCUGGGACUUCAGAAGCAGUCAAAUCAAAAUUCUUCAAAUUUACAAGCUGUUGGUGUAUCGGAUUUGCAGGCUAAUCAAUCAAAACCAUUGAAUAUUAAAAGCGAGGCUACACACGAUCAUGAGAGAACCGAGGCUAUCCAAUUCAUAAGUGAUGAGCAUAAAAGUGGGAAACAAGGUCGAGGUGAUGCUGCAAGUUUUUCAAUCCUUCAAAGGCAUCCAUCCAAGUUAGCUUCUGAUUUGGUUUCUCAACAUCCAAAGUCUGAAACACAAAAUCAGAUGCAGAUAAUACCAGAGCAUCCAAACUCAAGUCUAGGUACUGCGAAAGUUUGUACAACAUCUUCUGGUCCAACUUCUACCUCUUUUGAGUUACCAUGCUCUUCGGUAUCCAAAGAAAUGUCACCAGAAGGAUCUAGUGUUCGUUUGAUAAAAAAGGAUCAGACAAGAUUGGUCUCAUCUGCUGACAGUGAAAAUGAUAUUGCAAAAAUUCCUGAGGAGAGUUCCCAGGAGCGUACAAGAUCCUCUGAGAAGGUUCAAUCGAAAGGCUCCGUUCCUUCUGCACCAAAAUCAUCUCAAGCAAGCAGAACAUAUGUGUCUUCUGUCAAGCAUAGAUUGAUAGUGCCAAAAGAGCAGUCGCAAAAGACUGCAUCUGAAGGAAGCAUUCCACCAAGGUCAUUACAAGGUGAAGCACCCUUUCAUUCUCGUAAUAAGGGAAUGCCUUUGAGCUUUUACCAGAGAAAGGACAAGAUCCACCACCGCUCUACUCAUACCACACAUGAGACUUCCAAUUGUUCAGUAUCGACUGAGCUGCAAUCUACUGAAAUGACAGCUUCAUUGAGUGAUGAACAGCUUGCAUUGUUAUUACAUCAACAGUUGAACAGCUCCCCCAGAGUACCAAGGGUGCCACGUUGCCAUCAAGCAACUACCACGCAGAUGCUACAUUCUACUGGGGCUAGCGUGUUCUCAAAGCGGUCUUCAGCACAUGGAGGAAGGGAUCAAGCACCGGUCUUAAAGAAGAGAAACAAAGAUGAUGCGUGGAGAGAUAAUGAUGAUACCAAGAGGACAGGAAAGGUGUCUUAUGUUGAACGGAGGCAUAGAGAUUGUAGCAUGGAACAUGCUCUUGCUGGGAAAGAGUCAUGCAAAUUUGCUGAAAAUAUAGAAUCAGAACAGCAAAAUCGUGGCAUUUGUUCGACUGGACCCACCACUGGUUUAGGAAAGGAUGCUCCAAUGGAUAGCAGUUUUUUACGUGAUUUACCUGGGUUGAUUGAUGAAAUCAUUAGCAAAAACAUAAAUAUAACAUAUGGUGAACUGUGCAAUGCUAUUCGCCAGCAUCAGGGGGAUUUAAGUAAACCCAACAUGGAAGACAAUGCAAACCCCAGCUUUUCACAUGCUGUCAACGAUUGUCUUAGGAACAGGGAUGACUGGGUUCAUCUUCUUGACCAGGCUCCAAUGAUGAAUCCAAACAAGCGCCGGAAGGUAGAGGAAAGUGACUCUCUGUCAGCGGAUGUACUAGCAACAGAGAAGAUGAGUAAAGGGGCUAAAAGGGGUCCAGAAGACGUGAAUGCUGAGUUGCACCAAGAUAUUCUGCCAAGAGGCAAGCGCAAAGCUCGGAAAUGCAGGCGACUUGAACUAAAAGGGAGGAGAGUCAACGAUACAAGGAGGAGAUCUAGCUUUGGUUCAGCCUCUGAUGAUGAUGCUGCCACUUUGUCGGAUUCUGGUAGUGACAGAAACGACACCGUGAAUAAGAGCCUAGAAGAUAGUUUGGUUGCUCCUGAUCAUGGUGGUUACAUGGAAGCUAAGAGUGCAGAUUCAAGUUCAUAGAGGUUGGUCGAUGCAAUGCUGCUGGCGGUACAUUGUUCUGAAACUGAAUCCGGCCGGGUUCCUUUCUGGCCAUUGAAUGUUGUGAUAAUGUGAUGGAUGGUUUCUUGGGGCACACCUUCCCUUGAACUGGACUGGAGGUGGUGAAGAAUAGUCAGAUUUAGUGACCGCUGAUCGGUUCUUGUGACAAUAGUGUAACAUGUUAAUUUCUCGCCAAACUGUGAUGCAGGUAGAUAUGUUGGUAGUGUACCAUGUAAGCAAUUUGUAGUGCCCGAUUGCGCCCAAGAUAACAAGCAUUAUAUAUAUCUAGUUAUUUUGGGGCGGGUUGGUUAAUGACCUAAGCAAAAAUUUCUACAA